GUCGACGAGAAAUAAUCCCUUCUCUCACUUUCAGACUCUAGUUUAUCAUAUCACCGGUGUUCUCUUCUCCCUCUCGAGCACAGUCAACUCAAACAAGAACCUAGGGUCCCACGAAAGGCAUCAUCUCAGCAUGGCGGCCGUCAAGACGAAGUUCUUCAAGAACUACCGGGUGUAUAUGCUCACAUCCGUGGCCUAUAUGGGCUCGUUGCUCUUUGGUUAUGACACGGGUGUGAUGGGGAGCGUUCUCGCCCUCGAUAGUUUCAAGGAAGACUUCGGCCUACCAACUGACAAGGGCGGCUUCGCUUCUGGCAAGAAUGCCCAUGUGUCCUCCAAUGUCGUGUCCCUUCUUACGGCCGGUUGCUUCUUCGGUGCUAUCGCCGCGGCGUUCGUCAACGACCGAUUCGGCCGACGCUACUCCCUCAUGUUCUUCGUCAGCAUCUUUCUCGUUGGUGCGGCCAUACAGACCGCCUCGACACACCACAUAGGCCAGAUCUACGCCGGCCGUGUCAUUGCCGGUCUCGGCGUUGGAGGCAUGUCCAGCAUCACGCCCGUGUUUGUCAGCGAGAACUGCCCGCCGCAGAUCCGCGGCCGUGUCUCUGGCCUGUUCCAGGAGUUCCUCGUCAUCGGAAGCACCUUCGCGUACUGGCUCGACUACGGCGCGGCGCUGCACAUCCCCAAGAGCACCAAGCAGUGGCGGGUCCCCGUGGCGAUCCAGAUGAUCCCCGGCGGGCUCAUGCUUAUCGGCCUAUGCUUCCUCAAGGAAUCCCCGCGCUGGCUGAUGAAGAAGAAUCGCAGCGAGGAGGCAUUGGACGCGCUGUCAUGGGUGCGGAACGAGGCCCCCGAUAGCCCCGAGGUACAGAAGGAGAUGGCCGAGAUCAGGGCCGCCACUGAGGAGGAACUGGCAGCCACCGAGGGCGUCACAUGGAAGGAGUGUCUACGAAAGGGCAACCGCUACCGCUUCUUCCUGGCCUUCUGCAUCAUGUUCUGGCAGCAGUUCUCGGGCACCAACAGCAUCGGCUACUAUGCGCCCCAGAUCUUCGAGACGGUCGGCGUCAGCAGCACCAACUCGUCCCUGUUCGCCACCGGCGUUUACGGCACCGUCAAGGUCGUCUCGACUGGCAUCUUCCUCCUCAUCGGCAUCGACAGGUGGGGCCGCAAGAAGAGUCUGCUGGGAGGUGCUGCCUGGAUGGCCAGCAUGAUGUUCAUCAUUGGCUCUGUCCUCGCGACUCACCCUCCGAACCCCGACUCCUCCACCGUCAUGCCGCCGUCCAUCGCCAUGGUCGCCAUGAUCUACCUCUACGUCAUCGGCUACUCCGCCUCGUGGGGCCCGACGCCCUGGGUUUACGUCUCCGAAAUCUUCCCGCCCCGCCUUCGCGAAUAUGGCGUCGGCCUUGCUGCCACCACGCAAUGGCUGUUCAACUUUGUCAUUACCGAGGUCACGCCUGCGGCGAUCCACCACAUUGGCUGGAAGACAUUCAUCAUGUUCGGCGUCUUCUGUAUGGCCAUGGGCACCUUUGUCUUCUUCUUCCUCAGAGAGACCAAGGGUCGCACGUUGGAAGACAUGGACAUCCUGUUUGGCGAGGUUACCGAGGAGCAGCGCCGGGCUGACGUGGAAUACGUUCUUCAAAAGACCGGGGGCUUGGAGCACACCGAACUGGCCGCUGUGAGGCACUCAGAGGAGGCCAAGAAGUAAUUAGGGAUUUGGUGUAAUUUCUCGUCAGAGAAAACCCCUGGGGGACUAAUUAAUUAACACUCGUCGCGUCCCACCUGUUUUAUCGAUAGCAUAUCUAAAGC